AUGACCGAAUCGAUGAAACAAAUUAACACUAAUCGAUACAGUUUUGAUUACAGAGAUCCAAUGGACGCCCUUCUCCUCGAGCAGCAUCUAUGCGCACCACUCCGUCUAUUCCCGGAACCUCUGAUUCCGCAAUUCACUCAACAGGAUGCAGACGCAGCAUCAGUUGCAAUACUGGAAAAAGCUCGCCAACAUCUUCAAAUGUGGGGUCGAUCACCGUACACGGAACUAUUACUGCCUCAGAUCUAUCAACGUCCAGGACUAAGUGCACUGAAUCUCGGCCUCUGGCAACAGCAAUGGCCCCAACUCCAAGCAGGCUUUCUAGCGAGUGCAGCCGUUUCAAAUGCACGGACUCCACCGCCCCCACCAGUCUCUACUCCAUCAAGUUCAGGGUCUCCUUCGCCGGAUAUGAGGACGAAACAUUUUCAACGAUUUAGCCCGUAUCAGAUACCGCAGCACCCACCAACCCCAAGGAGUCCGCCAAAUUAG